CCUCUAGCUUUCAGAUAGCCCAGCCUCUGCUGGGGUCCCCCCUGCUGCUCUUCUGUUCAGACCCCCGCCUGGGUCUGUGGAUCUCAGGGGCCAAUCAUCUGGACCCUGUCCGCCCCCUACCCCGAUGGUUAAAGAAAUCAGGCGCAAGAGGCACAGAGUGAGUCUUCAGCAAAGAGCUCGGCCCCACGGUGGAGAGGUAGCAGGCGGGUUCCUCAUUUAUGGGACACCCAGCAAGGACUGGGAGGCUGGGGAGCUGGUCCUGUGGGUCCCGGCAGCCCCACCCCAGUUCUGAUUCAGAAAGUGAGCCUGGCCGCCCACACACGGGGAGGAGGUGUGUCCGGCAGCGUCUCUCUGGGGCUCGUCCUGUCGGCUCCCUCCUCUGAGGACGGUGACUCAGGUUGAAGUGUCCCCUGACUGCAGGGAUUGAGGUCAGACGGCAGGAAGGACUUACAGCAUGUGUCCGGCCCUGGACUGCCACGUGGACUCGCCUGUGUACCUCCGUCUCCUCCGCCCUAUGAUCUCCUCCUCGUCACCCCCUCUACCCGCCGGACUUCAGAUCUGACCCCCCAGCCGCCUGCCGUGCCCCCUGGAGCUCCCCCGUCAUCCCCCGAGCAAGAUGCCUAUCCUCAAGCAGCUCGUGUCGAGCUCGGUGCACUCCAAGCGCCGCUCCCGCGUGGACCUCACGGCCGAGAUGAUCAGCGCCCCCCUGGGCGACUUCCGGCAUACCAUGCACGUGGGCCGGGCGGGGGAUGCCUUUGGGGACACCUCUUUCCUCAACAGCAAGGCUGGCGAGCUGGACGGUGAGUCCCUGGACGAGCAGGCCUCCUCCUCGUCCUCCAAACGCAGCCUCCUGUCCCGGAAGUUCCGGGGCAGCAAACGGUCGCAGUCGGUGACCAGGGGGGACCGGGAGCAGAGGGACAUGCUGGGCUCCCUGCGGGACUCGGCUCUGUUCGUCAAGAACGCCAUGUCCCUGCCCCAGCUGAACGAGAAGGAGGCGGCCGAGAAGGGCUCUGGCAAGCUGCCCAAGAGCCUGUCGUCCAGCCCCGUGAAGAAGGCGAGCUCCGGGGAGGGCGGCCAGGAGGAGGUGGGCGAGGGGGAGCUUGGGCCCCGGCGGAACGGGGCGGCCGCCCCCCACUCCCCGGACCCCCUCCUGGACGAGCAAGCCUUCGGGGACCUGACAGAGCUGCCCAUCGUGCCCAAGGCUGGCUUGGGGCUCAAGCACGCGGAGUCCAUCAUGUCGUUCCACAUUGACCUGGGACCCUCCAUGCUGGGGGACGUCCUCAGCAUCAUGGACAAAGAGGAGUGGGAACAGGAGGAGGAGGAUGGUGGUUACCAUGACGACGGGGACGCAGCACCACACAGCACCCUGCAGGCUCCCCUGACUGUGGCGGGGGCAGCGGCGGCGGGGGGCCCUCCGAGGGCCAGGCAGGAGGGCGCUGCCGGCCGGGACCUGCCCCAGGACGAGGGGUGGGCGGCGGCCCCCAGCCCCGGCUCGGCCCGCAGCGAAGGCAGCCACACCACGCGGGACAGCAGCUCCCUGUCCAGCUGCACCUCGGGCGUCCUGGACGAGCGCAGCCCAGUCCCCCGGGGCCCCGAGAGGGCUCGGGCCCCGCUGUCCCGGCAGCCCGACAAGGAGUUCUCCUUCAUGGACGAGGAGGAGGAUGAGGAGAUCCGAGUGUGAGAGGCUCCCGGCCUCCCUGCCCCCAAGCCACCCCCCCCUUCCCUGCCCCAUCUCCUGUGCAGGGCAGCCAAGAGCCCGGCUUCGGUUGCAGACCUUGGACCUCCUGGACGAGAGGCGCUGGCGGGGGCCGUGGGGAGCACCCAGCCCUUCUGAGCACUGUGGGACAGCGGGGGCUGACAGAAGGAACCGGCUGUCCCUUUCCUCUCCUGGCGUUCCUCCUGUGACCGGUGGCUUGUGGCAGAAGGAAGGGUGGUCCCAGGCCCCCAGCACCCCCCAUCCCUCAUCCCCGGUUCAUGCACCACAAGCCUGGAGCCCCUCGGAGCAAAGCCGGACCGAAUGUGUGCACUAAACGCAGCCCCUUCUAGGGGAAGAGAACAGGAUGGGGAACGAAAGGAGGCCUCAGGCUUCUGGAAUUUUCUAGAAGGGGCUCUUCCAGGAAGACACUAGAAAUAGGUUGGGCACUGGCUUCAACAUUGAUUUGUUUGUUCUUGUCACGUUUAAAUCCUUCCAGAGUGGUAUCUGGAACAGUGUUGUUAGUAGUUCUGCUGCCAGAAGGAAAAUCAAAUCCUUUUAGAAAACCUUUAUACUAAGUGCUUCCAAACUUUAUUUAGAACGUAUGGGGCGGGUAUCUGUGCUCAGUCUGUCCCUCCUCCUGCCCCAUGGCUCUUAACAGUUGAAGGCAGCCAGUAUAGAAAGUUACUGGAAAAUGACUUUUUAAAAAAUAAUAUAUCAUUCCUAUGGAGGGAUAAAAGCUUUUUUGACUGGAUUUCCCCACCCCCACCCCCCCACUACCCCCCCUACACCCCCCCCCCACACACACACUACUUCCCCUUCCUUCAGGCCUUUGUGCUGGCAGACACCCUCCCCCACUUUGGAGGGCCCUAAGGGUAUAUAGAGUUGCCAGAUGUAGCCACAGAACAAAACUAGAAUGCUGAGAUAAAUUAGAAUAUCAGGCAUACAAAGGAAAAUUUUUUAGUAUAAGUAUGCCCCCUCUGUGUUUGAUACAUACUUAACGCGCGAAAGAAAAAGAUGAUUUGUUCUUUAGAAAUUCAGAUUUCUCUCUGGUCCUCAUCACCCUGCCCCAGGGGAUCCAGUGGGAGCUUGGGUGUACGGCCCAGGGUUAACGGGUGAUUUUCGGGUCCUGGGAACAAGCUAACCUACCCUCUCCUGUCCUCCCCCAGCUGGUGUGGGGAGCGGGUUGGACAGACGUACCACAGGACCCAGUCUGGGGCCAGCGGGCGUAGCUGCUCUAGUCUCCCGUGUUUUGUCAGAUCCUGAUGCAGACACUAACUUAAAUUCCUGAUUUCCCGGCCCCGUCGGUGCUGUUUCCAGUAGCGUGGCUCCCACUAGGGGAGGAAUCAGAAGGGGCUGUGCGGCCCCCGCCAGCUACCCCUUGAAACCCAUCCAGACUCAGCGGUCAGCUCCAGAUUCUAAACUGUAUAUUUUUUUCAUGGUAUUGUUAAAACAGUGAGGAAACAUUAAAAAAAAAAAA